GGGUGUAGUCCAGAAAAGAAAACGGGAAGAGGCGAAACACAUACAAUACUCUCUGUGCAAAACAAAAGAAAACUCUCGGACAAACUUUGCACUUCUAACCAGUUCAAUAGCAGUCCUGCCUCCUUUUUUUCUUUGUCGUUUCCCCACGUUUUUCUUUUCAUUUUGGGGCAGAUUGAAAAGCCCCCGCCUUGCACCGUACAAGGACCAAGUGUUUCGCCUGAGCAGAUAUGCCCCCCCAGCCGGAGGUGAGCAAACAUUUCCGGGACUUCCUCAAGAGUUUUCUCGGCAUUAUCCGGAUCCUCCAGAUCCUAAUCGGAGCAGGACUAUGGGUUACGAUCGCUUUAAACAAAUACGAAGGCUCCAUCCAUUUCGUCCUCUUCGUGGCCGUGCUAUUCUGGCUGCUCACCCUCGCCGCAUUCUUCAUCACCCUACUGGGUAAACAGGACCUGGUCCCCAUCUUGGGAGGGGACCGGUGGUUGCUUAGCAACCUAGUUCACGACAUCGCGGCCGCGGUGUUGUAUAUACCCGCAAUCGGCGUCAUGAUAUACAAGACGGAGCGGUACGAGUACUGCAACCUGGAACAAUACAAACACUCAUGCCUGUAUAAAGUUUACGUGGCUGUCUCGGUGUUCGCAUGUCUGGGCGUGAUGGUUUAUCUCAUCUCCGCGGUAUAUCUGGGGUGUAAAAAGUGCAGGGGCGAGCAGACGGUGAUUUGAGUGAGUGAAGGACAGAAGAGGACAUAUAAGUAAGAGAUGGGGUGGGGAAUUGCUGGAGGGAGGAUAUAACUCUAUAUGGAUAUGCAAGAAAACUUUUGAAGUGUAUUUUCUGUGUCCAUAAGUGGCCUCUUGGUUUGUCCAUAUUUGGUUCUGUAGUCUAAUUUAAUUUUUGUAUCAUUUCAGUAGUUUAAAUCAAGGUUUAUAAACUGUAUUUCUGUUUGUGUGUUUAUAAGACAACAAGCUAUCAACCAAACUAUACUAAUUAUUUGAAAUAUCGUCGGACUUAUAUACUUUUUUGGUAGGCUUAGUGAUUUUAUUUUGAUAAGAACAUUCCAAAAAAUCGAACCAGUCCUAGGAUAGACUUUUCAUGGUGGCCUUAACAAAUACAUUUCUCGUAGCCUUAUUAACCAAGCGAAAGCAGGGACGUGAGGUGACAAGCCUUUGAUAUGAACAUCAUAUUUGUUUCCAUUGUUUUUAAGUGUCCUGUAAGCAAGUGGAGCCCAUACCUAACUGACAAAAAAAACAAAACAUUAAAUGUCUGUUGCUAACUAUUUCUUAAAUGUCCUUCAUGUAUAGACUGAAGUUGAUAAAUAAACAAAUGUCACUU